AUGUUAGGGAAUGAUGAUACCGAGAAAUUGCUUGAUGCAACAAAGAAGAUAAAGUCACUGUUACCUGAAAAAGAAGUGCAAGAAGAGGAAAAGACAUCAAUUUCAAUUGAAGACUGGUUGAUUGACAGUCUAACUUCUCUUUCGUCAUUCUUUGAUGAUCUUUACUUAUUAAGGAGCUUUGGUAUCAUCAGUGAUAAUAAUAUUUUAUACAAAAAACUAAAUAAAGGGGAUUUAGGGUCUAAAGUAUGGCUAGUGAGUCUUAUACUUUCUGUUAGAAGGUCACUCACUCAUCUUAUGAAAUUGAUAAAGCUUAAAUGGAGGCUUCGAAAAGAAGAUGCAAAUAUUGCACACACCUAUUCUCCAGGUUUCAGGAAACUCUUAAAGGAAAGAAUUGCUGUAGAAGGAGAUAUCAUUAGCUCUAAAAUACGGUCAUUAUUUAUGGAUUUAAUACAAGACUUAUUAUACAUGCUGAUUGUGAUGAUUGAUAUAUUUAAAGUGAACCUCUCUAAGAGAUUGAGAAGUAUACUGGAAUUUAUAUCAAGUGCCGCAACAGUGUUGAAAUUCGUAACAACAAGUUAUCAGGUUUGUUCAUAA